GCGGGGACAAUUAGGGUCGUUUGUUUUUCCCUUCCCUGCAAGGUUCAAGCCGGUUCUGGGCCUGCGCGGUGGAGGCUUCUUCAUGCCCGGCUGCUGACGGACCACGGAAGGAAGGACCCUUCUCGCCUCAGUUCGAAAAGCAGUUGUCAUGCUGUCUUAUGUACAAAGGUUCUGCUGUCUAGGGAGAGUAUUAUGUAAAAUUAACAGUGCUGAAGUGUAGUAGUAAUAAAAAGUUGCAAGCAAACACCAAAAUGAGCAAGCGAGUAAGCAGUGAUGUUCCAUUAGGAAGAAUGAGUGCGGCAACAUUCCCAUCUCCUGCUGCUGAAAUAGCAGAAAUGAAUCGAAUUCAGUACGAAAUGGAGUAUACUGAAGGGAUCAACCAAAGAAUGAGAGUUCCAGAAAAACUCAAGGUAGCACCACCAAAUACUGACCUUGAGCAGAGCGCUCAUGAAGGAGGGCUUCCAAAUGCCAGUGUAACAAUGCAAGUGCCAGAGCGGAUUGUAGUGGCAGGCAAUAGCGAAGACAUUCCACUUACCAGGCCUCCAGAUCUAGAUCUUCUUCAGUCUACUCCAUUCAAGCCUCUCUCACUGAAAACACCGCCCCGCGUUAUUUCACUUAGUGAACGCCCACUGGAUUUCUUGGACCUAGAGAGAGUCUCUUCUCAGACCCCUCAAACUGAAGAGGGUCGCUCAGUAGGAAGGCUUAAAAGAGAACGUUCCAUGAGUGAAAAUGCAUCACGUCAGAAUGGUCAAUUGAUAAGAAAUGAGUCAAUUGUGACACCAUCACCUCAACAGGUUCGUGUCUGUCCUCCCCAAAUGUUCUCUGAAGAUGGAUCUAAUCUUUACUCUGCUCGGGGCAUUUUGUCGCUUAUCCAGUCUUCUACCCGUAGGGCUUACCAGCAAGUCUUGGAUGUGCUGGAUGAAAAUCGCAGGCCCGUGUUACGUGGUGGGUCAGCUGGUACCACUUCCUCCAACCCUCAUCAUGAUGCCAGAUAUGCACUGUCAAAUAUGGAUACAUCAUUUGAAGGAACCCCGGAAGAUAUGACAGUUGUGGAUGCUGCUUCUUUAAGACGACAGAUAAUCAAACUUAAUCGCCGUCUACAACUUCUGGAAGAAGAAAACAAAGAGCGUGCGAAAAGAGAAAUGAUCAUGUACUCAAUUACAGUAGCUUUCUGGCUGCUAAAUAGUUGGCUUUGGUUUCGGCGCUAGAAAUAGCCACAAGUCCAUGAAAGAUUCGAGGGUGGGGGAGUUAUACAGAAUUUAUAAAGUCUUUUGUUUCUGUCUGGACUGUAUGGUGAUUUUGUGAUCCAUGCACUGGAAACGUCUGCUGCAGCAAACAACUGUAAAAUAUUACAGUGUGAAAGGGUUUUCUGGAUUGUUGUAUUUAUUUUUGAGAUUUAUUGUAACAUCCUGUUAUCUUCCUUUUGCAUGACUUGCUAUAAAUUUGGAUUGAAUUAUUUUACAAAGGGAAUUGUCUACACUUAGAAAGUUGUCAAAUAGAUAAUUCUCUUUUGUUUAGGAAGACAAAGAGAUAUUUUUCCAAUUAUUUGCAGACUUAAAAGUAUAGGUUUUUUAUUGUUAUUCCAUCAUUAAACAUGGCACCUUUAUAGUUAAACCUAUUUCACUUGUUUUGUUUUAGCCGAAUUUAAUGCAAUAGAGUUCCAGUUCAAAAGCCAUCCAAAUUCAUGAGUAUUUCUCAUUCAAGCACAUGUACAUAUUGACUGAAAUACAUUCUUUGUUAACAUAAGUCAGUGGAUUAUUCAGAGGUGUAUGUAAUGUAUUUUAGCUUUAAUUUGCGAGUCUUUUGCAUUUUUUUCUAUGAAAUAACCUUUUUAAGCCAAUCUGUCCCUGAGUGAUCUGAAGAUUAUGGAACAAAGUACCAAUGGUAGUGUAUUUAAUAAACAUCAGACCAAA